CUCUCAUACAGAUUAUUGUUACCUCAAAAGCUGCUCUUAGAAACAAGAAAUACAGCCAUAGUAAAACCCAAGUUUUCAUCUUUUCAUUACGUUGUCAAACAUAAUUAUUCCUCUAUCAUUGUAAACUUCACCAAGCAACUAUGGUGGUCUUAACUAAACCUGGCAUUGACCAUUUCCCCAUAGUCAAAAACUGCAAAUUAUCCUCAUUCUUCAAUGGUGUUCCAUUGAUAGACCUCUCUAAACCUAACUCUAAGAACCUUAUUGUUAAGGCCUGUGAAGAAUUUGGAUUCUUCAAAGUCAUUAACCAUAGCGUCCCUACGGAAUUCAUAACUAAACUUGAAUCUGAAGCCAUCAAAUUCUUCUCCUCUCCCCUUUCUGAGAAACAAAAAGCUGGGCCAGCUGAUCCUUUUGGCUAUGGAAACAAGAAGAUUGGACCCAAUGGCGAUGUUGGUUGGGUCGAAUACAUUCUCCUGUCAACUAACUCUGAGUUCAACUACCACAAGUUUGCAUCUAUAUUAGGUGUAAACCCAGAAACAAUUCGGGCUGCAGUAAAUGAUUAUGUGUCAGCAGUGAAGAAAAUGGCGUGUGAAAUUCUUGAAAUGUUAGCAGAAGGAUUAAAUAUUCAUCCUAGGAACGUUUUCAGUAAACUUCUAAUGGACGAAAAGAGUGACUCUGUUUUCAGGCUCAAUCACUAUCCCCCUUGUCCCGAGAUUCAACAAUUCAGUGACAAUAAUUUGAUUGGAUUUGGAGAGCAUACUGACCCACAAAUCAUAUCAGUAUUGAGAUCCAACAACACUUCCGGACUUCAAAUAUUACUCAAAAAUGGCCACUGGAUUUCUGUCCCACCUGAUCCAAAUUCUUUCUUCAUUAAUGUUGGUGAUUCAUUGCAGGUGAUGACUAACGGGAGGUUUAAGAGUGUAAGGCAUAGGGUUUUGGCCAACAGUGUAAAAUCAAGGUUAUCAAUGAUAUAUUUUGGAGGGCCGCCAUUGAGUGAAAAGAUAGCACCUUUGGCAUCACUAAUGGAAGGGGAAGAAAGCCUGUACGAAGAGUUUACGUGGUUUGAGUACAAAAAAUCUGCAUAUAAGACUAGACUAGCUGAUAAUAGAUUGGUCCUAUUUGAGAAAGUUGCAGCCUCGUAAUUAUUUUUCUCCUUUUAGUCCAACUUCUUGGAAGGAUUAGUUGUACAGAUGUUCCAAUGGAGUUAAAGAUACUCCUAAUUCCCAAACUUUUGUGUAUUUUCUUUCUCUUGUAGAUUUUCUUCUUUAUUUCUUUUCUCUCGUACUGUCCUAUAACUACUUCUCCUCCUAAUAAUAGAAGUUCAAUGUCAUAAUUAUCCUUUAUAUG